AUGGUGUCAGAAAAUGCAGUACCAGCCGCUGACAAAGGGUCGGACGGAGUCAAUCUGAUGCAGGUUAGUGGUGAGGAACAAGAAUUUGCGGUUGAGAGUAUGAGUGAGAGGUUGGACAAAGUGAUAGAGGAAAUAAGACAGGGACCGUCAAGGAUUGAGAAAGACUUGACGGAGGCCCGAAUCGCGGGUAAGUAUCGCACCCAGUUGAUGAGAGUGUGGGAUAUCCAAGCGGAGGAAGCAUGUAAGAUGUUGGAGGAUAUAAAAGAGAGGGCCAGUGGGUAUAAGCUUUUUGGUAGUGAGCUAUUCCAAGAGCUUCAUGAGAGGGGAAUAGAAAGUAUGGACGAUUGGAAGGAAUUUGUAAAGUCUGACGUUGGUCACAUCCGAGGAGUACUAGCCGAGCUGCCGAGAAAUGGGCAACGAAGUCGACUAGAGCCCACACAGGAAGAAGAAAAAAUGGAAACAGAUGGGAGCAGCGAGAAAUCGGAGAUCGCAGAUUGGAGCGCCUUACGGGCAAGUUUGGAGGCCGCGUUCGGAGGGAUCGGAAGAAGCAAUAGGAACAUC